AUGGUGCACCCACAUUCCAUCGCCCUUAGAGGGGCAUUGCGCAGCCUUCGAGCUCGUCCAACCCUCCCACAACAAAGAUUCUUCGGUGUAUCGGCCCGAUACCAGGAGAAGCCGCAGGCAUCCUUCAAGAGCCAGCUCUACGAGAGUACCCAAGCACGUCUGAAGCGCGAGCGGGCCGAGCAAGAACGUUUUGCGCAGUACCAGACUCAGUCCCCCGGUGGCCGGUAUGCCGCCCUACUCUUCGCUUUGGUCUUUUUCUCCACCGGCUCUUACUAUCUCGGAUCGCUUAAGCCCGCUGCUCUUCCCUCCUCGUCUACAAGUCCACUUGUGGAUCUAGAACCGGCUCAGCAUAAUGUCUCCCCGUCAAACCUCCAGGCUGCCUGGUCUGAUUUCGUGGAGAUUCUGGGAAAAGAAAAUGUCUCGACUACUCCGGGUGACUUGGACUCACACGCCGGCUCGGACUGGUCUUCAUACUCGCUGAAGGAAAAUGAGAAGCCUUUCUUGAUCCUCUACCCCUCUACCACUGAGGAGGUGUCUAAGAUUAUGAAGGUCUGCCACUCGCGCAUCAUCCCGGUUACCCCGUACUCUGGCGGCACAAGUCUGGAGGGUCAUUUCGCUCCGACUCGUGGCGGUGUCUGCAUUGACUUCCGUCGCAUGGACCGCAUCCUGCAGCUGAACAAGAGUGACCUCGACGUUGUGGUCCAGCCGGCACUAGGAUGGGAGGAAUUGAACGAGGAGCUUACCAAGGAUGGACUCUUCUUCCCCCCCGACCCAGGCCCCGGUGCUAUGAUCGGUGGCAUGGUCGGAACAGGCUGCUCAGGAACUAAUGCGUACCGCUACGGAACGAUGCGCGAGUGGGUUCUCUCGCUGACCGUUGUCCUGGCCGAUGGAACAGUAAUCAAGACCCGUCAACGCCCACGCAAGUCCAGUGCUGGAUAUGACUUGACCCGGGUCUUCAUUGGUAGCGAGGGUACCCUGGGUCUCGUAACGGAGGCAACCUUGAAACUGACCGUCCGUCCUCAGAGCGAGAAUGUGGCUGUUGCCAGUUUCGCUAGCAUUCAGAAUGCCGCUGAGUGUGUCACUAAAGUCGUUGAGGCUGGUAUCCCCGUCGCAGGAGUGGAAAUUCUUGAUGACGUGCAAAUGAAGUGCAUCAAUGCUAGCCAGACCACUAGCCGUCAGUGGAAGGAGUCUCCUACCAUCUUCUUCAAAUUCACCGGAACCCCAUCAGCCGUUAAGGAACAGAUCAGCAUGGUUCAAAAACUCGCUGCCAAUGCUUCGGGCAAGUCCUUUGAGUUUGCCCGUGGUGCGGAAGAAAUGAAGGAACUCUGGAGUGCCCGCAAACAGGCUCUGUGGAGUGUGAUGGCCAUGCGCAGAGGACCGGAAGAUCGCGUCUGGACCACCGACGUGGCUGUUCCAAUGAGCAGACUGCCCGAUAUUAUUGACGCGACUAAGGAGGAUAUGACCAAGAGUGGUUUAUUGGCUGGAAUCUGCGGUCAUGUUGGAGAUGGAAACUUCCACGCAAUUAUUCUCUUCAAUGAGAGCGAGAAGAAGGUGGCCGAGGGAGUGAUCCACCGCAUGGUCAAGCGUGCCGUCGAGAUGGAGGGAACCGUGACAGGAGAACACGGUGUUGGUCUCGUUAAGCGGGAUUAUCUCGCCCACGAGCUGGGCGAGACUACAGUGGAUGCCAUGCGCCGGUUGAAAUUGGCUUUUGAUCCCCUGCGUUUACUCAACUGCGACAAGGUUAUCCGAACAGAGCAGCCAGCUCCUGGCGAGAUCAAGGAGUGGUAG